AUGGCCUUACGUGAAACAAACUUGGAUGGCAUCUUGCCUCUCCUGGCGAAGGGUAAGGUGAGGGACAUUUACGAGGUGGAUUCCAAAACGUUACUGUUUGUUGCAACCGAUCGUAUCUCUGCCUAUGAUGUCAUUAUGAAGAACACAAUCCCAGACAAAGGUGUUCUUUUGACGAAGCUUUCGGAGUUUUGGUUUUCAUACUUGAGUGAUGAUGUCCGGAACCACCUAGUGGAAAUCCCAGAAAACAAAACGAUAUUUGAUCUUCUGCCAGCGCAGCUCUCUGAACCCAAAUAUAAGUCUCAAUUGGAAGGCAGGUGUAUGCUCAUUCAAAAGUUCAAACUUAUUCCUUUGGAAGUGAUCGUGCGUGGAUACAUUACAGGCUCGGCCUGGAAAGAGUACAAGAAGACGGGCACAGUGCACGGCCUCGAGGCCCCAAGCGGCCUACAAGAAUCGGAGGAGUUUCCAACCCCAAUCUUCACACCCUCGACCAAAGCUGAACAGGGCGAGCACGACGAAAACAUUUCUCCAGCUCAGGCAGCUGCUCUGGUUGGCCAAGAUCUGUGCGACAGGGUCGCUUCCUUGGCGAUUAAGCUGUAUUCUAAGUGCAAAGAUUAUGCCCGUACUAAAGGCAUAAUAAUUGCCGACACAAAGUUCGAGUUCGGAAUAGACGAGUCCACUAACGAGAUAAUAUUAGUUGAUGAGGUAUUGACACCAGACUCCUCUCGAUUCUGGAAUGGGCAAAACUAUAAGAUAGGACAACCCCAAGAUUCCUAUGACAAACAGUUUCUAAGAAACUGGCUGACAGCCAAUAAACUUAAUGGCGUUGAUGGUGUUUCUAUGCCAGAGGACAUUGUUAGAAAUACAAGAUCUAAGUAUGUGGAGGCUUAUGAGACGCUCACGGGGGAAAACUUUUAG